AUGGUGGUCUCGUUCCUGGCCUUGGCGGAGCCGGCCGUCAAGUCAUCAUCCUCGGCCCCGUCCGAGGCGGCAGACAGGCCGGACACGAACUCGAGCUCGAGCAGGAAUCGAGACAACGCCCUGUCGGGUCGGGAGAUGCCCUACGACGGGACCGCCAAGACCGAGCACUCGCUUCGGAACCCGUUCGAAAACGGUCACCUCCAGGUGUCCCGCAACGCGCCUACCAACUACCCAAAGUUCCAGUGCCGGGUAGGCGACAGCUCCGAAACACACCGGAUACAUAGGAUCAAGGCCGAAAUGGUGCCUCUGUACGCAUACGACCGGCACUCGCUCACGGUCCUAAUCAAGGACAAAGACGCGCCAGACAGGGCCGUGGCAAUAUACUAG